GCUUUUUGCUGUCAAUCAUCUUUGUUCUCUUCAAGGGAGCUAGAGAGGCCGUUGUAUUUUGCUGUCUCUAAGAUUUGUUAAUAGAGAACACAAAGAAAUGGAAGAAAAUCUUCCUCCAGGGUUCAGAUUUCAUCCUACAGACGAAGAGCUCAUAACACAUUAUCUUUGUCGGAAAGUUUCCGAUAAUGGAUUCACUGGCAAAGCUGUCGUCGACGUUGAUCUCAACAAGUGCGAACCUUGGGAUUUGCCAGACAAGGCGUCAAUGGGAGAGAAAGAGUGGUACUUCUUCAGCCUACGAGACAGGAAAUACCCUACCGGGUUAAGAACAAAUCGAGCAACUGAAGCCGGUUAUUGGAAAACCACCGGUAAAGAUAAAGAGAUAUACCGAAGUGGAAUGCUGGUGGGGAUGAAGAAAACACUAGUUUUCUACAAAGGAAGGGCUCCAAAGGGUGAGAAAAGCAAUUGGGUUAUGCAUGAGUAUAGGCUCGAGACCAAACAACCCUUCACACCCGCUAAGGAAGAAUGGGUAGUGUGUAGGGUUUUCCAAAAGAGCACAGCAACAAAGAAACCACAAGAACAACAACCUCAAUCAUCUUUUGGAUCUCCAUGCGAUGCAAUCUCAUCCAUGGCAAAUGAGUUUGAAGAUAUCGAGCUUCCCAAUCUGAACUCAAACUCAUCAACCGUCGAUUACAAUCAUAUUCAUCAACAAUUAUAUUCACAAAACAACGUUUAUUCAGACAAUACUACAAGUACGGCUGGUCUCAAUAUGAACAUGGCUAAUAAUCUUCCGGCCUGGACAACAAGUCUACUUGGUCCGCCUUUAUCUCCAAUCAACUCUUUGUUGCUCAAGGCUUUCCAAAUUAGGAACUCUUAUAAUAUCAAUCCUUCUCUUCUUCAACAAGGAGUCUCCAAUGUUAUGCAAGAUGGUUCGAGUUCAUCUCAGCCGCAACCGCAAGAGGAAGCGUUUAAUAUGGACUCCUUGUGGUGAAGAGAUUCAAACCACAUAUAUAUUUGAAUUUCUUUUAAACUUGUUCUUAUGUAAUCUCCAUCAAUUUCAAUUGUAUCACUAAUUAUACACACAUAGAUCUUCUAAUGAGGUCAAGUAAAUUAUAGUGCAUCUUUUAAGUGAAAUAGUGAUAGUAAGGAAAAGUUUACCGUACAUGUCCAUUUACAUGCCGUUUUAUGUUUAUAGGUUAUAUAGCCUUUCAUAAACCAAGAGGUGUCUUAUACAAGUC